AUGGAGAGGCGCAAAUAUUAUCUACUAAGGAGGAGACAGAUAAAGGUGGAGACUGAGGCGUGGGAGAAUAUGGUGGAGGAGUACAAAGAAUUAGAGAGGGAAAUGUGUGAGAAAAAAUUGGCGCCGAAUUUGCCUUAUUUCAAGAAAUUGAUCUUGGGGUGGUUUGAGCCGUUGAGGGUAGCUAUUGAGAAGGAACAAAAGUCCCAGAGGUCAAAGAAACAUAAGAGAGCUUUUUCGCCUUUUAUUGAUGCUUUGCCCGCAGAUAAAAUGGCUCUCAUUGUGAUGCAUAAGAUAAUGGGGCUUUUGAUGAUGGGGGGAAAGGAUGAUAGGUACGUGCGUGUUGUGGAGGCUGCAAUUCAAAUUGGGGUUGCAGUUGAGCAUGAAGUUAGGAUUCAUAGCUUCUUGGAGAAAACUAGGGAAUGUCAGAGGCGGGAUAUUGUAGAUGAAAGUCAAGGAAUUUCAAGUAAGGAGGCUCUGCUUCUAAGAAAACGCGUUAAGAGUUUAAUUAGAAGAAACAGAGUUCUUGAGGUCCAAAAACUGGUGAGAAAUGAAGAUGUCAAAUCAUGGGGUCGAGAUACACAGGCUAAGUUGGGAUGUUGUCUGAUAGAGCUAUUAACACAUACUGCUUAUGUGCAACCUCCAGUUAAUCAGUCUGCCGAUAGCCCCCCUGAUGUUCGCCCGGCUUUUAGGCACCUCUUCAAAAUUGCAACCAGAGAACCAGGGCAGAACCUUGUGAAGCGGUAUGGGGUCAUAGAAUGUGAUCCCUUGGUCCUUGAAGGGCUUGAUAGAACUGUUAAGCAUAUGAUUAUUCCUUAUGUGCCGAUGUUGGUGCCACCAAAAAAAUGGAGAGGGUAUGACAAAGGUGGCUACUUUUUCUUACCCUCGUAUCUGAUGCGUACACAUGGAUCACGGCAGCAACAAGAUGCUGUUAGAACUGUUCCUGGGAAACAAAUGCAAAAAGUGUACGAGGCUCUGGAUACUUUAGGUAACACUAAAUGGAGAGUGAAUGAACGUAUACUGGGUGUGGUGGAGAGCAUUUGGGCUGGGGGUGGAAACAUUGCUGGCCUGGUAAAUCGUGAAGAUGUUCCAAUACCUGAACUGCACUCGGAUGAUUUGAAAGAAGUAAAAGCAUGGAAAUGGAGUUUGAGAAAGGCAAAGAAAAUUAAUCGAGAGAGGCAUUCUCAAAGAUGUGACACGGAGCUCAAGCUUUCUGUUGCUAGGAAGAUGAAAGAUGAAGAAGGUUUUUACUAUCCCCACAAUCUCGAUUUUCGAGGCCGCGCCUAUCCUAUGCAUCCGCAUUUGAACCAUCUAAGUUCUGAUCUGUGUAGAGGAAUUCUUGAAUUUGCUGAAGGAAGACCACUAGGAAAGUCUGGGUUACAUUGGUUGAAAAUACAUUUAGCAAAUCUUUAUGGAGGGGGCAUUGAAAAGCUUUCAUAUGAUGGGCGUCUCUCAUUUGUGGAAAACCAUUUAGGGGACAUAAUUGACUCAGCAGAUAAACCUCUCAAUGGAAAUCAGUGGUGGUUAAAUGCUGAGGAUCCUUUUCAAUGCUUAGCUGCUUGUAUUAAUCUGUCAGAAGCCUUAAAAAGCUCAUCACCACACACUGUUGUCUCCCAUCUUCCAAUUCACCAGGAUGGCUCGUGCAAUGGCUUACAGCACUAUGCAGCUCUUGGGAGAGACAGUUUCGAAGCUGCUGCUGUCAACUUAGUUGCUGGAGAAAAACCUGCUGAUGUUUACUCGGAAAUUGCAGAGAGGGUUCAUGAUAUCAUGAAAAAAGACAGCAGUAAGGAUCCUGCAACUCAUCCAAAUGCUUUGCUAGCCAAAGUCUUGCUUGGUCAGGUGGACAGGAAACUCGUGAAACAAACGGUAAUGACUUCAGUAUAUGGUGUUACUUAUGUUGGGGCACGUGAGCAGAUCAAAAGAAGAUUGGAGGAGAAGGGUCUUAUCACUGAUGACAGGAUGCUCUUUAGUGCAGCUUGUUAUGCUGCAAAAGUGACAUUGGCCGCUCUUGGAGAGCUAUUCCAAGCAGCACGGGCUAUAAUGGGUUGGCUUGGUGACUGUGCUAAGAUUAUUGCUUCAGAAAAUCAACCGGUGAGUUGGAAAACUCCACUGGGCCUUCCUGUUGUGCAACCUUACUUUAAAACUCAACGGCAUGUUAUAAGAACUUCUCUUCAGGUGUUGGCUUUGCAGCGUGAGGGUGAUUCAGUUGAGGUCAGAAAACAGAGAACAGCAUUCCCUCCGAAUUUUGUGCACUCGCUCGAUGGUUCACACAUGAUGAUGACUGCCAUUGCUUGUCGUGAUGAAGGAUUGCGUUUUGCAGGUGUGCACGAUUCCUUCUGGACACAUGCGUGUGAUGUUGACAGGAUGAAUCAAAUACUAAGACAAAAAUUUGUCGAUCUUUACAAUAUUCCUAUACUCGAAAAUUUGCUGGAAAGCUUUGAGACAUCAUAUCCGUCAUUGACCUUUCCCCCUCUACCGAAAAGAGGAGACUUCAACCUGGAAAAAAUUGAUGGGAAGAAGUCAGAAAUAUCAGGUGCUGGAGAAACUCACAAACCUAAUGCAAUGCAAGAUAAGUGUCCCUCUACAAGUUUCAUGGCUGUUAGCAUGUUGCAGCCUGCUGAUGUUUCAUCCCGUGAAACUGUUCUUGAACUAGGUUUGGUUGCUAAGGCAAACAAAGAGAAGAUAUCUUUUGGUCGGUUAGAAGUCCAAGAGAUUGUUGCAUUUGUCCUCAACUCUGCUGGCAUUACAAGGCCAUUUCUCGACUCGUCCAAGCUACAUUGUUGGACAGAGACAACUUCCAACCCUUAUGGACUCCCGGUUGGGUGUGAAUACUUUGUCAUAACAGUAGCCAUUGUUCCCUGA